UUUGGAUAAACUGAUGACGUACGUACAUUAAGUAACGUACUAUUUCAGUGUAAUACAAUAAGCAUCUUUUCAUAAAACAAUAAAAUAAACUUUUUUUUAGUUAAAUUACCUUGAAAUGCUAGACGUAAUUACAUUAAAGGAACGUUUCUAUAAAUAAAAACUUUGGCAACGGGAAAUAAAAAUAGUUCUGGGAAAAUAAAGCAGACGACAUUUCUUCGUUUAUUUGUUUGUGAUUUGAUUAUGCGAGGAUUAAAAUGUGUUGGCCUUCUAGUGACAACUUACAUAUUUUAUUCUUACUGUCCCGAAAUAAAUGGGACAAACGCAACGCAGGCGGAAGUUGGUGAGGAAUCGGCGCGGAUGCAUGAUGACGUCAUUGAUUUGUCUAACAAGGAGUUCAAAGAAUCGGUUAAAUUUAUCAACAGUUCAAACCUAUAUACUAAAGUAUCAGACGUUUUGAUUUUCUAUGCGAAGCAUUUUAUGAUAUACGACAAAAUGACAAUGAAGACAAAAAGCGGUAAAAUAACAGUGCCCCUAACGGACAAAAUUCAGCGAAAUCUUUCAAUAAUGGUUAAUCAUAUAAUGAUACUUGAGUAUGCAUCAACCGCUUUAAAAGAUGGUUCGUUUGAUUAUACGAACCCUUUCGACAGAUUCCGCUUUAUUCGUAACAACACAGUUGUGAUGGACCAGAUUGUCGAGCACAUAAACGCUUCUUUCCGUUUCCAUAAAGAUAUUGAAAAUCCCGAAAAGUUGAAAGUUUACAACGAACUGAAAUCUGAUGAAAGGAGUUUAAAAGUUGGACACUUGUACAAAAGUAUGAGCGAUCUCAUUCAAAUACAGAAGGAAGCCCUGCCUAAUUUCUCUGACUUGGUAUCUGGGAAAUUGUCCGGAAGUAAAUCGUCUGCUCUAAAUGCGGAAGAAUGUCUGCACCUGGCAGAGUAUGUUAGCGUUGACAAUACAAGUAUAGCCGUGCAGUUCUAUGAGGCGGCAGUGAGAAGGGUAGAUCAAUAUUGGGCUUUAAUGAGGAACAAAACACAGAUAGUGGAAAAAGUCAUUGAAUUCUACAGUCAACAAGGCUCGGAAUGUGAAAACAGAAUACAAAAACUGAAUAACAAGAUUGAACAAAUAAAACUUCAAAGAGAAAAAGAUGAGGCUGACGACGACGACGACGAUGAUGUUGACCACGACGAAGAUGAUGAUGACGGAAAGAAAAAAGAUGCAAAGAAGGACGGAGAAAUUGGGGAUUCAAAUGCACCAACGGUGGAUGAUAAGGUUGUUGAACCAGAAUCAGACAAUUCUGACGAGGAAAAAUCUGAUAAUAAUGAAGAUGCAUCAAAAGACGAUAGCAUUACCAUUGACGAACAUGAUAUAAAAUGCUUCAGAAAAAUAAUCAAGAAAUCAUCCAGGCAUGACGAAUUGUAAAAGAUAUUUUUGUUUCUUUUCCGAUCUCAAGUGGCGGUAACAUUUCCAUUUUUCCUCUUAUUUAGAUCAAAUCCAGCCUGCUCCUCCUUCGUGAUUGUCUAGACUGUUUACAGUCGGCUGCCCGUUUUAUACUUUUUGUCAACAUGUAAUGUCAUGUAAUAUAAUAUAACAGGCACAUGUAUUUUUGUUGUUGUUUGCAGUAUCAAAGCAAAAAAAAACUAAACAAAAAGUUCAUACAAUUUUAUUUUAUGAAAUAAUAAACACAGUUAUUUUAUUUUAUGUAAUAGAUAUCUUACGAUAUUUGUAACAUGGUAUCAAGUGCAUCGAAAGCAGGUCCGUGCUGGUCGCAAACCCAUUAUGUUGGUUUUGUCAUGACGCGGCUCAUAUGUGUAUUUAAUGGUGACUUCUGUGUAUUUUCAGAUGCGAAUUUUUAGAAUACACGUUUUUUUAAACAAUCCCCCAGAAAAUUUCAGAUAUUAACCUAUAUAAUGAAUCACACAUUGUUUUCCUUUGAUUUGAUAACUUAACAUAUGCUGCUUAACAAAAUACAUGUAUCUUAGCA